AUGAAGCAGAAUGUUCAACAGCAUUUCUUUCAGUACCACCAUCCAGAUGGAGCCAAGAAAAAACCGAUGCGUGUUGCCUCGAAACGAUUCCAGUGUACAAAGUGUAAUAAGAAUGACGGUGAUCUUUCACCUACAGAACAGGAACGGAACCGUCGACCAUUCAAGUGUGAGCAUUGCGGCAUGGAAUUCGGUCGUGCAGGAGGACUGCGACGUCAUGAUAUGAUGGUGCAUCAGCAAAAGAAGCAUGCAUGUCCUUACGAAGGGUGUAGUCAUCCCGGAUAUAAAUGCACUAAAGCUUUAGCUGCUCAUAUCCGCUUCUGUACAUACACUUGA